GUCACCUCCGUGGCGCGGGGCGGGGAAACUUCCAAAUCUGUUAAAUUUGGAAUUAUAUUAGGGAGGGACGCGGCGGGAUUUCAGCCGAUGGGACGCUCCAGCGGUUGGCCUUCCUGGCUGAGUGGGACACCAGAAUGAGUCCAAGGACAACUUCUGAAGGAAUAUCUGACACUUGGUGCCAUAGAAAUUCCUGCAAUUUUUGAGCUGGAGGCAAGGGCGGAUGGCCAGCUGAAGGGAAGCCCCUGCUGGGAGUUGCGCACUGCCUCCGGAGACCUCUGUGGGAUUGGACUAUGCUUCCCAAGAUCCGCUACCUUUUCCUCUUUCUGUGCGUCCAGCUGAUGGUGAUGCUGCUGUACGGGGUGGAGUACAGGUGGCGGGUGACGGACUUCAUCAGUGUGCUGCUAGGAGCAGGCCUUUCCUCUGGCCCAGGCGCUCCCCCCAACGCCUCGCAUCUCCUCGGCCUGCACCGAAACGAGAGCCUGGCCACCAGGUUGCAUGGAAACAGGGACAAGCUCUCUUACUGCCCGCAGGUCUCGCCAUACCUCGCGGGUCCACGGCAGGUAAGCUUCCCGGCGGGGCUGACGAUGGAAGAAGUCCUCCGGCGGAACCCAGACGUAGUGGCCGGAGGCAAGUACCAGCCUCCGGACUGUGAGCCCCAGCACAGCACGGCCAUCAUUGUCCCGCACCGGAACAGGGAGCAGCACCUGACGUACCUGCUCUACCACCUACACCCUUUCCUACAGCGGCAGCAACUUCGCUAUGGCAUCUACAUCAUCCACCAGGCUGGGAUGUCCACCUUUAACCGAGCCAAGCUGCUGAACGUGGGGGUGCGGGAGGCGAUGAGGGAGGCCGACUGGGACUGCCUCUUCUUCCAUGACGUCGACCUGAUCCCCGAGGACGACCGGAACCUGUACGUCUGUGACGCUCACCCCAAGCACGCCUCCGUCGCCAUGGACAAGUUCGGCUACAAACUGCCGUACUCUGGUUACUUUGGCGGAGUGUCGGCCCUCACCCCUGACCAGUACAUGAAGAUUAAUGGUUUUCCGAACACCUACUGGGGCUGGGGCGGCGAGGACGAUGAUAUUGCCUCCAGGAUCCACCUAAGCAAGAUGCUGAUCGUUCGACCGUCGGUUAAGGUGGGGAGAUACAGAAUGAUCAAACAUGGCCACGACACAGGCAAUGAGAAGAACCCCAAAAGGUUCAACCUGUUGGCCCGGACGAGACUCUCGUGGAGGAAGGACGGGAUGAACGCGCUGGAUUACAGUGUCCUCUCCAAACACUACUCCCCACUCUACACAAACAUCACCGUCGACAUCGGCACGGAGGAGCGGCCUCGUGCAACGUGACCGCUCGUGGCCCCACUGCCACCCCGCACCCUCGCCCGAGGUUGGAGGAGUUUCCUGACUUUGGCCAUCGAGGAAAGCAAAAUAAAAAUAUCUCUGUCGGAAGAGAAGAGAACCCACCAUAACCUGGGUGUUUCACUGGGGUGGGGUGUGGGGGAGGCGACCACAUGACGGAUUUUAGUCACCUGACCCACCCAGCACCUUGAGACCUGGCUUCCUACGGGUGGGGACGGUCCGGUCUUCACAGCCCCUCUAGGCCUCCGGAGUUCCGCCCUGGGACAAGGUCUCCCACUCAAUACAGACCCGUUUCUGAUGGGGGGAGGUGGAAAGAGGGGUGUGGUGGUGAUGACAGAAGUUAUGACGAGAGGUCACACAGUGUAAACUGCAGUUUGUCACUGAACCCUUGGGUGGAGGGUGGGAUGGGUGGGAGGGGGUGAGAGACGCACAACCUGUCGUUACACCUUAGUCCUGGCAACAUUCUCGAAAAUCUCUUCUGUACUCUUUCCAGCUUAAUGACACUUCCCCCACAUGGAGAUGUCAAAAACUGAACACACCGUUGUAAGUGCAGUUUCCUCAAUGUCUUGUCCAGCUUGAAUGUAAAGUCCCAACGCCUGUGCCCAGCCUUCUGAUCGACCAAGGCAGUGUGCCAAGUCGGUCUGCCAUAGCUCCACUUUCAGGCAACUCUGUUCCCCUCGGUCCCUCUCUUCUACGGCACUCCCUGAGGCCCCGCUGUUCACUUGGAAAGCCGUGCACUGAUCUGAUCUUCCAAAAUUCAACACCUCACUCGUACCAGAAUUAAACUCCUCAGCUAAUCGAGAUCCCCCAGUGAUGUCUGAUAACCCUCUUCACUGCUGGCAUCAAUGCCCGUUUUAAACGUCAUCGACAAAUUUCCUAACCAUGCAUUGUACGUUCUCAUCCAGGCUGUUGUUGUAGAUGACAGACUACAAUUGUCCCAGCUCUGAGCCCUGGGGAACACCUCGUCACAGGUCUCCAGUCUGAGACCAUCCACCAUCACUCUCUACUUCCUACCCUCGAGCCACGUGUCCUAUUCACCAGCUCUCCCUGCACACAGAGAGAGGGGAGCAGCGGACUCACUGAGGGCAUCUAGAUAGAUAGAUAGGCACUUCAUUCACCCAAGCAGGGGGCUAUGGGUCAAGUGCUGGGCAAAGUUGUGAUGAAGCAUCCGUGGUCCGGAACGUUUAGUCCCCUUCACAGAUGCCGCAAGACUGCCGAGUUCCUCCAGCAUUUUGCUCGAGAUUCCCAGCAGCUGCAGAAUCUCUUUUGCUUAUAUUGGGUUAGGAUGGAGGAGUUGGCAGAACUGUCUACUGGCUGGCAGGAGUCAGAUGGCCCGACUGGCAUGUUUCCAUGCUGUUCAAUGCUCUGAUUCUGCGCCAGCACAGCAUGCCCACAGCUCACUAAGCCGAGCCCGUAGGAGGAAACCGGAGCUCCUGAGGAAACCCACGAGGUCACGGGGAGAACUCCUUACAGCUGCGGCGGUCGAACCCCGAUCCACGUGGCGGUUGUACGCGUGCUGUACCCCCCACAACCCAGUCACACAGUGCUUGGAGGUACAACUGGGUAACAGCAACAAGGCAGAAUAAAGUGUAAAAGCUACAAGGAAGUGCAGUAAAUACACGUUGCGUGCAAUUCUAAUCACCCAGAUACAGGGAAGUGAGGGGGAUUUGGACAGGGUGCAGAACAGUUUCAACAAGGCGCACAAACAGGAAGCUGAAGAGUGACUUGAUGGAGACAAUGGAGACUGUGUUCCAGUCACAGGAGGACAGAAGUUCAGGUAGUUAGGAUGGAAAGGCCACAAGAAGAUUCCAUCUUAUCAUACCAGAGCACUGUUCAACGGUCUUAUAACAGCAGAUUAGAAGCUUUCCUUGAAUUUGGUGGCCUUCAGACUUUUGCAUCUUCCGCCCGAUGGGAGAGGGGAGGAGAGAGAGUGUCCAGGGUGGGUGAGUCUUUGAUUAUGCUGGCUGCUUUCCUGAGGUAGCGAGGAGUGUCGAUGGAGUCCGUGGCGGGGAGGCCGGUUUCUGUGAUGCGCUGAGCCGCGUCCACAACUCUGCAGCUUCUCGCUGUCAUGGGCAGAGCGGCCCGUCGUACGUACUGAAGCUUGGUGCAGCCCCCGCAAGGGGCCGGUGGGGAAGGACCAAAGUAUGCGGUCCGUCCACUACUGGACGGGGAGGGGACGCACAGAGAGCACGGCUUCAGAAUAGAGGUGAAAUAGAGACUUCUACCUGCACAGGAAUUUCUUUCGGUGGUGAAUCUGUGGAAUUCAUUGCCACAGUUCAAGGUACGAAAGCUCUAACAAAAUUUAUUAUCAAAGUGUGUGCGCCAUAUAAGCACAGCCCCGAGAUCCAUUCACUCGCAGGCACCCACAGCAAAACGAAGAAACACAAUACUGUUCACGGAAACCCCACAUGCAACAAAAGCCAGCAGACAUCCAACGGGCAAAAGACGACAAACUGUGACGGAAUAAAUGAAGCAAAUAACUCAGAGACCAUGAACCAUGAAAGUCAGUCUACACGCUGCAGAGUCACUUCGGUGCCAAAGUGAGUGAAACCCGCCCGGGAGCCCAAUGGCUGCAGGCCAGCUGCUCCUGGACCUGGAGGUGUGCGGCCCAAAGAUCCUGCUCCUCCUGCCCAACGGCAGCAGCAAGAAGGGUCAAAUGCAAUAAAUCAAUUUUAUGCUAUAAGUCGAUUUCUUCUCAGCUCAAGCUGGUACAGACAGAACCAACCACAUUUCUCAAUCGCCAGGAACUUUUGAACUCCAAGUGGUGCUUAGUACUCUGGAUUUCCACCUGCUCAGCAAUAUUUAUGUAAUUGUUUAAUGCUUAUUGUGUAGUGACCUGGGAUGAUACCAAAUGUAGAUAUCACUUUUCAGCCAAUGUAUACCCUGUUCAUAUUCCAUGGUCUUCCAAAUUCCUCUUUUAAUUCAGCAUAUUUCUAGUGUUUUCCAGUUAUUCAUGUAUGUAUGUGAUGUGUGUUUGGAAUGGUUAUACCUAUUAAGUUAAUUGUUCUUGCUUGUAAUAUUAUACCCAGAUGGUUAAUACGAAUUUUGCUGUCUGUGAUAAUCGGACAUAAUAUAAUUUGAAUCUAAAAUUGGAUCAGACUUGUAUUUUUAGUAAGGUAUAAUAUUAAUGCAGAAUCCUGGUGAAUGACAUUUACCCCUUGAUUGUGCCUGUGUAAGAGACAAGAUGGAGUUAAACUGUUGCAGAAGUGAUAAUUGUAAUCGUUAUUAUUUCUGUUAUGAUUUUAUAAUACUAAUAAUAAAUAUUAUUUUUGUGAUAAUUGCAAAGACAAUAAACACUUUUGUUAUACAGUG